CUGCCGGAAGCCAGCCUGGCCGGGCCGGGAGAGCCGCUGCAGUGACGGCGUUCGGCAACUGGCCUUCACCACCAGACUGAGAUGACUGCCCUGCCUGUCCCAACAGUUUACUGAACUUCAUCCUCCCUGGAGGACAGCUGCUAUCCCCUUCAAGAUGAAGUGUGUGCUGGUGGCCACGGAGGGGGCCGAGGUCCUAUUCUACUGGACCGACAAGGAGUUCGAAGAUAGUCUCUGGCAGAAGUUUGGGCUGUCAGAAAACAAGGAAGGAGAGCUCCCUGCUCUGGAGGACCGCCUCAGCACGCUUUUUGCUCCUGUGAUCAUCUCCUGUACAACGAUGCUAGAGAAGCUCUCAGACACCUACACCUGCUUCUUGGCUGAGAAAAGCAAUCAUCUGUAUGUCCUUCACUUGUUUGGUGAAUGCCUAUUUAUCGCCAUCAAUGGUGAUGGCACAGAGAGUGAGGAUGACCUGCGCCGGAAGGUGUAUGUACUGAAGCAUCUGUUUGAGAUGCACUUUGGACUGGUCGCCCUGGACAGUCAUCUCAUCCGGAAAGAGCUCCGGCCCUCAGACCUUCAGAAGCGCACCCAAGUGUGGGCCCUCUUCCAGAGCCUGCUCCAUACAUACAGCCGCCUACGAGACCAAGAGCAGAGCUUUGUGGUAGAGGCUGUUGAGAGGCUAAUCCACCCCCAGCUCUGUGAACUGUGUAUUGAGGCCCUGGAAGAACAUGUCGUUCACCACAUCAAUACCCGCUCUGACAAUGGUGGUGAAGAGGUCCUCCAUGCCUUCCUACUUGUCCGCACCAAGCUGCUGGCCUUCUACUCCACCCAUCACGCUAGUCCCCUGCGCUCAGCAGAUCUUCUCUCCAUCCUUCUCAUGGUUCAAGACCUGUAUCCCAGUGACAGCUCAGUGGAAGAGAACAGCAUUCAGGCUUCCCAAGGAAAGACAUCUCAGCAGAGACCCAGCAACAGCCAGAACAUUCCUGUGCAGCGGAUGAGAAGCCCUGGCCCACAUUCACCAGCUACGAGUAGUUCAGAGGAGACGGAGAUAGACAGUCUUUCAGUGGUGGAGGAAUACUACACUCCAGCACCCUCCCCUGGUGGACAGAGCUCAGGAAGUGCCAUCUGGCUGGAGGGUGGAACUCCACCAGUUGGUGAGGACGCCGAUGCUGCCUUUGUCCAGAUAGCAGAGGACACCUUGCAAACUCUGGUCCCCCCAUCUCCCGCACCUUCCAGUCCCAGAAGGAUUUUCCUGGAUGCCACUUUAAAGGAGAGCCACUGUGUUAUGAUGCCUCACACCAUGUACUGCAUGCCUCUCUGGCCAGGGAUCUCUAUGGUGCUUCUAACCAAGAGCCCCAGCUGCCACAUGGCUCUCUCCCUUUAUCAACUGCUGGAUGGGUUUUCGGUACUAGAGAAGAAACUGAAGGAAAGGCAGCAAGCAGGGGGUGCCCUUCGUUCCCAGCCCCUUUUAGGGGACUUGCGCCAGAGGAUGGACAAAUUUGUGAAGAAUCGAGGAGGACAAGACAUUCAGAGCUCAUGGCUGGAAUUUAAGAACAAGGCUUUCUCCAGGAGUGACCAAGGGUCAUACUUGGAGAUCAUCCAGGCCUGUGCAAAGGUAAAGAGGCAGCUUUGCUCCAUGUACCGAGUCUGCUUCCUGAGCCCAGCCCCUGGAGGGGGAGGGCCCUGUCUCCCCGAGAGCCUACAGAACCACGUCCAGAGUGUCAUCCAAGACAUGCUGGUGGACUGGAAGGACUUUUUGAUGGUGAAGAGCCAGAGAAACAUCACCUUGGUGUCUUACCUGGAAGAUUUCCCAGGGUUGGUGCAUUUCAUCUACGUGGAUCGAAUGACAGGGCAAAUGGUGGCUCCCUCCCUGAGCAUCACUGGAAAAACGAUGUCAGAGCUGGGCAAGGGACCCCUGGCUGCCUUCAUCAAAGCCAAGGUGUGGGCUUUAGUUGGUCUGGCCCGGCGAUACCUUCAGAAGGGCUACACAACCCUGACGUUCCAAGAUGGCGACUACUACUGUUCCUACUUCCUGUGGUUCGAGAAUGAGAUGGGGCACAAAUUACAGGCGAUAGAGGUACCUGUCCUCCCCGAUGACUCAGCUCCCAUCGGUGUGCUUGGGGGAGACUAUUACAGGAAGCUUCUGCGCUACUAUAGCAAAAGUCAUAUGGGAGAAGUAGUGAAAUGCUAUGAAUUGAUGACCAUCCAUCUCUCUGUCCUCGGUAUGGACAUAGUGGUCCAGCAGGCAGGCGAGCUGGCCCGGCAGCUGUGGGAGUCAUCCCGUAUCCCCUUGCUCUAGAAGACUGGAUUCAGGUUUCACAAGACAUUUGUUUGAGGUGGAUGUGCCCCACCUCAGCUUCUCAAAUCUUCUGUGAUGCAGAUCACAGCUGAUCGUGCCUGCCCAUCCAUCAUUUGGAGAAAAAUGCUCUCCUGCUCAGUGCUAGCCCUAGGGCAGCAGGAUAAAACCUUCAUGCCUACAUAUUCCUGAAAAGCCCUACCCUGGCCGAUCCAUGGGAUGCAUGGCACACAGAGAUGCCUUGCCAGCCACAAAUCAGACCUGCAGUGCUGCAGAUCUUAGCAUUGGUGACACAGAUGCCGCUUUGUGUGUCAGAGAGCAGGUUGGGAGUCAGAGGCAGGAGCUGGGCCUUGCUAGAAUCAUGCCUGCUGCAAGAGAGUGAUGCACUUUAAACAGAGGCCUUCUAUAUUGUGUCCUUAGAAGUUCCAGGGAUUUUGACAUUGAAAUUCAGAGCCACUAACCCUAGGGGCUGCCUCUCGUGCCUUCCCCCGAGGUGGGAAGGUUACCAGCACCUAAUAUCCAGGGUUUCAUGACCUUAGCUCCCUGCAUCGCUUAAAGCACUUAACCUUUCCUAUUUUUCUUCACUGGAUUCCUUCUUAUCCUGUCUCACAGGACAGAAAGGAAGAGCUUGUUCAAGCAUUUGAGUUUCCUUUCUCUGCUUCCUCAAAUCCAAGCUGCCUCAUUGGCCUAUCAUACAGUAAAAUGGGGAAGGGGUUUAGUGUGGGCCCAUAUAUGUCCUACACAAUAGACAGUUCCUAAAACUUGUUCACUCCCAGCCUUGUCAGUGUGUGGGAAGUAAACAGGAAACCAGAUUCUGGGUCUUUUGCAGAUUUUAGCCAAGGAGAGAGGUGUUGAAUUGAAAAGACAUUGAUUGACAGAAAUAAAAUAGUAAGUUCUGUAAACCACCUUAUUUCUGCUUUAUGCAUUGUAAACCUUCCCACCCCACCCUGCCUGUUUUAUUUCUGGGCACAAACAAGACCACAAAUGACUCCGUAGUCAUUGACUACAGAUGUAGUCUACAGACUACAAAUGACCUGCAUUCCUUAAGGAUUUCCAAGAAGCUGUCUGUUGGGCAAUGGCACAAUAAGUCAGUCUAGAAUUCAGGGGUGGGGAACCUGCAGCCCUUCUUCUGAAGUUUGGAUUCAGUCAGAGGGCUGCACUUGAGGACCUAG